AUGGACCUUGUCUCAUCCUUAGAUUGCCAGAAAUUGGAUGCCCAGUCGGUGGGGUUCGUUGAGGACCGCGGCGCAAAGGAACUUUUCGCGCCAGAUAUCCCCCGCAUCAGCGAUUUGUCAAUUUGUGGCAAUUCGGUUGUCGUCAAUAAGAAAGGUGGCAGAAAGGUCCUUUGCCCACCAGAGAUAGUCCAGUCCCCCUUGACAGCGAUACGUAGCAAAGCUGAAACAAAGGCUGGUCCUGAUGGCACCUACAUUCCUUUCUUCCAGCUCCCUCGUCCUGAUAUUGGUGAAUGCGAGUAUUGUUUAAAGGUGGGUGAGCACAUUUGGCAACAAUGUCCUUACAAGGAUCGUGUCCCAAAGAAUGCAAUUCUUGGCAGUGGUUGUGAUGUAGUUUGUAGGGUAUGUGGUUGGUUCUUUAGAGGGUCCUGUUGUGGCCAAGAUGAAGGACGUGCGAUUCUCAAGAAUUGUGGUAUCUGUUUGACCACAGAAUCAGAAGCCAAAGCCAAGGAAAUCUCACAGAGGCUCCCUCUAAAUUCUAACAUGGAGCAAAGGAAGGGUUUGAGAUUGAUACUGUUUCCAAUGCCCCUUCAAGGCCAUUUAAACCCCAUGCUAGAACUGGCCAACCUUCUUCACCACAAAGGAUUCUCCAUAACCAUCAUCCACACCCAAUUCAACUCUCUCAACCCUUCAACCUAUCCACACUUCACCUUCCACUCAAUCCCUGUUGCCUUAUCUCAAGCUGAGGCCUCCACAAGCGAUAUUUUGGCGUUUAUUUCUCUUCUCAAUGUUAAGUGUUCUGAACCCUUCAGAGAAUGCUUGGCUAGGUUGCUAUCAGAUAAUCAGGAGCCUGUUGCUUGCUUGAUCUCUGACCUUCUGUUUCACUUCACUCAACCUGUUGCUGAGAGCCUUAAGCUCCCAAGGAUUCUAUUAAGGACCUCAGCUGCCUUUUCCUUUGUUGCUUAUGCUGCAUUUCCACUUCUGCUGGAAAGGGGUUACCUCCCCAUACAAGAUUCUCGACUAGAAGAACCAGUUAUAGAGCUUCCACCUCUCAAAGUCAAAGAUCUUCCGGUGCUCAAAACUAUGGACCCAGAAAAAUACUAUGAACUAGUGUCAGGCCUGAAGAAGGAAACUGAGGCCUCAUAUGGGAUCAUUUUCAAUACUUUUGAAGACCUUGAAGGAAGUUCACUGGCCACAAUUCGCCAAGAAUUCAACAUCCCAAUUUUCCCAAUAGGCCCAUUUCACAAGUGCUUCCCUGCAGCCUCUUCUUCUUCUUCAAGUAGCAGCUUAUUAUCACAAGACCAAAGCUGCAUUCCAUGGCUAAACUCCCAAGCACCAAAAUCCGUCAUCUAUGUCAGCUUUGGAAGCAUUGCUGCAAUAAGUGAAGCCCAAUUUUUGGAGAUGGCUUGGGGGCUAGCCAACAGCAACCAACCCUUUUUGUGGGUGAUCCGACCCGGAUUAGUACAUGGGUCGGAAUGGCUUGAACCACUGCCAAGUGGGUUCUUAGAGGCCCUGAAUGGGAGGGCCCACAUUGUGAAAUGGGCUCCACAAAAGGAGGUGCUGGCCCACCCAGCUGUUGGAGUGUUUUGGACUCACAAUGGUUGGAAUUCUACAUUGGAGAGUAUUUGUGAGGGGGUCCCUAUGAUUUGCAUGCCAUGUCUCAGUGAUCAAAUGGCGAAUGCAAGAUGUGUAAGUGAUGUUUGGAAAGUAGGGUUGCAGUUGGAGCAUGGGAUGAAAAGAGAUGAGAUUGAAAGAACAGUUAGGAAAAUAAUGGUGGAGAAAGAAGGGGAAGAGAUUAGAGAGAGAAUCUUCCAGCUAAUGGAGAAGGCAAAUGUUUGCAUCAAACAAGGUGGCUCUUCAUACCAAUCCUUGGAGGGCUUGGUUAAGCACAUUUUGUCAUUAGAAAAAUGA